AUGUUUCUUCGUCAACUCGACCUGACGACUGCUCUUCGUCCAUCUUUACUACCAGACGAAACUUUGUUGUUUGUCCAAGACUCGGUCGGUCUCUAUGAAGGCAAAUACAAAAUACCCAACUAUCAAAAUGGCCACGCAUACUUGACCUCACACCGCGUGUGCUACGUCGAUAAUCAGGAGCCGCGGAAGUAUUCCAUCGCCAUUGAUCUCAAAGACGUCGAUAGACCAGAGUUCUAUGCUGGGUUUUUGAAAUCAUCAGCAAAAGUCACUUUAUAUCCGAAAGCUCCAAAACAUAAUGCUUUGGCUAUCAGAAGUCCGAAACCAGGUUAUCCAACUCCAGGCAGUUCGCUAGGAUCCACGCCACCGAGUCGGUACUCAACUCCUGGACGGGCUACUGCGCCUUCACCGGCGCCAGUAAGGGAUCCAAACGCUACUUGGAUAUGUCCUAUCUGUUCAUUUGCAAAUCCCGUCCCAUCCAACUUUGACCCAAGCACUGCAAAUGACAGAACACCUCUACCACCGUGUCUGGCUUGUGGAAUCAAGCCUCCCCUAGUCCAUGUCGUCAAAGCAGCCAUCGCUGCUCUUUCAAAUCGGCCCAGCGGUUCAUCCUUCGCACCUACACCUGCACCUGCAAUAAGUAGCCCACUGUCGUCUUCACCACAAACAACGCAGACUCCUACGGACGUGUCCUUGAAUCAAUGUCCAAGAUGUACCUUCUCAAACCACCCCUCUCUGAGUAGCUGUGAGAUCUGUGGAGCGAAGCUCUCAAGCUCAGCAGAUAGACGCUCACAACUAAUCGAAAGCGCGAUUACGCGCCCAGAAUCACCAGGUCCAUCCCUUCCGACCUCAGCUCUAGGCGAAACUACGCCAGAGAGUGUCAAGUUUUCGUUCCGCGCUGGCGGCGACAAGAUCUUCUACGAACGUCUCAAGGGCGCCUUGGUUCAACGGAAAUGGCUUCUCCAGAACGCGCCUCCAAUACCUAGAUCCCACACCGGAGAACCCAGUCAGACUUCAACGUAUUCAGCAACCGAUGGUUACACACCAACGCCUCCACCUCCAAAAGUCGUCGGUAUAGCAGGCUUAGAGCGGCGAGGAGCAGAGUUACGCAAAAACAACGAAUUCGUCAUUGGUAGCGCGUUCGAAGACUUGGAGGCUCUCAUGACAUCAGCNAAAGAAGUCAUCGCCAUGGCCGAACGCUUCAGAUCUCAAAACAGCAAUGGCGGCGACACUGAAAACGACGCAAACGCAGAAGCAGCCUCUCUGCUCUCAGACAUGGGUCUUGUAACCACAAAAGACAUGCUCUCAGGCAGCGGCGCCGACCGCACCUACAUUGCAGAACUAUCCCGCAAUUUAGCUGAGUUUCUGACUGAUGAUAAGAGAGGCGUGUUACGCAGAGAAGGCGGUAUCAUGUCCCUCGUCGACCUCUGGGCCGUCUUCAACCGCACACGCAACGGCAUCGAACUAGUCUCACCUCGUGACUUCGAAAGAGCAGCUACCAUGUGGGAUACACUACGCCUGCCCAUCCGCCUCCGCCGCUUCAGAAGCGGUCUCCUAGUCGUCCAAGGGCGCGACCGCACAGACGACAAGACCGUCGCAAGCAUCUUAUCCUGGCUCAAAGACCUGCACUCCAUCCCACCUUCCAUGUCAAACACCUCCGAGUUCGGCGCUGUAACAGGGCCAUCAGUAACCUGGGACUGGCAAGCCUUCGGCCGUGGAGUAACAGCUCAAGAAACCGCAGAGAGAUUUGGUUGGAGCGUCGGUGUUGCAACAGAAGAGCUCGAAAUGGCCGAAGAAAGNGGCGCUCUCUGUCGCGAACAAGGUCUCGACGGUGUCAGGUUCUGGGAGAACUUNUUUGCAGACAUACCUGUAAAGCUGCCAAAGGCAAAGACGGCAGCGCAAUUGGAGCAGUUGGAGAUAGAGAGGAGGUUGAAAGAAAGCGGUCUGUUAUAG